AUGGGGCCGAGAGGCGCAGCCGCGGUGGCCGUGGGGCUGUGGGUCUUGGUGACGGCGGGCGAGGCGGCGGACCCUGGCGUGACGACACCCCGGCGCUGCCUGCUGUCACACUACCGCUCGCUGGAGCCCAGGGCGGUGGCGGCGGUCAAGGCGCUGAGGGACCGCUACGAGGAGGAGACCCUGAGCUGGAGGCCGCGCAACUGCUCUUUUCGCCCAAGGAGGGACCCUCCGCGUCCCUGGUCGUGCGCGCGGCUUCGCCUGGUGGCCCGGGGCCUCGAGGACGCCCAGGCCGUGCUGAGCCGCUUGCGGAGCCCGGAGCGGUUCCCCGGCACCGGCCCGAUCCUGGAGCUGCUGGCGGCCGCACGGCGGGACGUGGGGGCCUGCCUCGAGCUGGUCCGGCCAGGCUCCUGGAGGAAGUCCCUCAGGCCACCGAGGACGCGUCCCCAAACACGCAGAGCUGACUCGCCUGGGUGCCACGAAGCCAGCGUCAUCUUCAACCUCCUGCGCCUGCUCACGUGGGACCUGAGGCUGGUGGCAGACUCGGGGCCUUGUCUGUGA